AUGGACAGUCUAAACGAUUCAACUUCCUAUCAGCAACUGACGCCAAAUUUUCUUUUUCAAAAUGUCAAUAAAAUAUUAAGAAAUUUUGUACCUGAUGAUCAUGAUAAAGAGAAUAAACAAUUAUUCAAUUCGAUUGGUAUUAAAUCUCAUGGGACAAUUACUUUUGCGGAUAAUAAAUCGAAUCGAGCAGAAUUUAUUCGUAUACCACCGGAUGCUGAUGUUAUGAAAGUUAAAGAAUUAAUGCAUGCAAAAUGGUGUAAGGAACGACCAUCACUUGUUAUUUCCGUAACCGGUGGUGCAAAAGCUUAUAAUAUGAAACCAAGAUUAUUGAGAGCAUUUCGACGUGGUCUUUUAAAAGUAGCAAGUACAACAGGUAAUGAAAUUGAAUCAUUUUUUUUCUUCAAAUUACUUUCACAGACUUAUGUUCAGUAUUGUUUCCCAAUUUGA